AUGUCUAUUAUUCUCGAGCCUCCGGAGUUGGGAUUCAAGCGCCCCUUCGAUCGUGAGGUGUGCCAGAUCUUGCAUUUGAAGAAUGACAACGCUGAGCCGGUGGUCUUCAAGGUUAAAACGACUGCCCCUAAACAUUACUGUGUUCGCCCGAACUCGGGCCGGAUAGAUCCUGGAAAGAAUGUCGACGUUCAAGUUCUGCUCCAGGCCAUGAAGGAAGAACCUGCAGAUGAUGCCAAGUGCAAGGACAAGUUUCUAGUCCAGACUGUUGCCGUCACUCGCGAUAUGGAGUUCGCCAAUGUUACUUCGAUUUUCGAGAAAUCUUCCAAGGCUUCGCUUCAAGAACGCAAGAUCCGUGUGAACUGGUUGCCUGCAGAUGAUUCCUCAGCUGCCGAACAAGUCACCGAAACGAAUGGCACUAUGCCGGAAGAAGAACCCCCAGCCUACACCUCUCCUCCUAAUGCGAACUUCCAGACACCUGCUGCAGCAGUUGCUAAAAGCGCUAACGACACGUCACCGAUCCCACCGCCAGAUUUCAGCGAUAAGCCCAAGCGGGAAGUGUCGACCCCACAAGCGAUUGCUGAGAGCCCAGCCACGUCUACAAAGUCGGCCAUGAUGGGCGGGGCAGCAAGUUCAAGCGAUGAUCUGAAAGCCCAAUUGUCCGAGGCUAACGCGCAGAUUUUGGCGCUGAAGGAGAAGCUCGCAGAUCAGGGCCUGAGGCAGCGGAAGAUCGGAGGUGAAACCGAAAAGGCGCCGGCGCCAUUGGUGCAGCAGCAGCCGCAAUCUGCCGAGGCAGGCGUGCCAGUGCAGAUGGUCGCUGGCUUGUGCCUCCUCAGUUUCCUGAUCGCAUACUUCUUCUUCUAA